GGCACUGACUGGCAUCACUGCUGGGCACUGACUGGCGGCACUGACUGGCACAACCCCUGGGCACUGACUGGUGGCACUGACUGGCAGCACUGCUGGGCUGCACUGGUGGGCGGCACUGGUGGGCAGCACUGGUGGGUGGGCACAGGUGGGUGGCACUGGUGGGCACAGGUGGGUGGGCACAUGUGGGUGGCACUGCUGGGCACAGGUAGGUGGCACUUCUGGGCACAGGUAGGUGGCACUGCAGAGUGGCACAGGUGGGUGCACUGCUGGGCACAGGUGGCUGCACUGCUGGGCACAGGUGGGCGGAACUUGCGGGCGGCACUGCUG